GAGAUGGAGAGAGGUCAGGCGAGAAAUGCGACGGAGACGAGGACGCGGAAUGCAUGAAGAAAAAUUCGGAACGGCAGAGCUGCGCGACGUGGCGCGACGCGACGUGAAGCAAAGCGGAGCGGAGCGGAGCGGAGCGCGCAAAGCCGUAGGAUGAAAACGCUGGGGAUGGAGAGAAGGCGCGCGGCGGAAAAGGCAGAAGGCCUCGAGGAAGGAGGAGGCUGACUGAUCGCCGCCGGAGUAGAGGAAAGAGAGAGCACGCCUGCGCGGAAUCCCCGGGCGGGCGCGGGCAGUGCCACCGGAGGCCCGGCGGUUUCAGAGCUUCGCCCGGGACGACGAACCGCGGACGAGCCGAGUACGGGAAACCCGGUCGCGUUUCACAGUACGACCGACCGAUCCACACCGAGUAUACCGCGCGUCCGAGUACGACGAGGGGUACAGCCGCGGGAUAAAAGAAAGGGAGGUGGGGAGGGGGUGGCCCACGAUUGAACGCAGGCAGACCGCUUCGUGACCUUGGUGCGCGCGACACUUUACGUCUUCUACGGGAGUAAUAGAGAGAAAUCUUAUCGGCUGCGAAUCUCUUGGCAACCGGGGCUUAGUACAAGAAGGUGUUACGGUGAAAGACCGCGCGCGAGACCGCCCACAAAUUAGAGUAGCGCCUCGCACCUCGGCCUUCUCGUUUUCUCCGUCGCUCGCGAUGCGCGAGUAUUCAACAGCGAGAUAAUGUGAUAUACGCCGGAGUGUCCGAAAGGAGGAAAGAGAGAAGGGAAGAAGGUCGGGGAAACACGAGAGUAGAGGAAAAUCGGUGGAUGCACAACAAGAGCGCAACGGGGGGGUUGCAACGAGAGGGUUGCAACGACGGGUAACGCGGGAGUAUGCGCGGGUCCUGGUAGCACCGGCUGCUGUUGGAGGAUGAACGGGACGGCGACGGAGGAUUAUUAAGUGGAGGAGCGCCGAGAGAAAGAGGUGCGUCGCGGUGUUCCAUGAGAUGUCAGUGGACCCGUUAUCGGGGACAGUUACGCCGCCGUCGUCGUCGUCGCCGUUGUUGUUGUCGUCGUCGUCGUGAUCAUCAUGAGGAGGUCCUCCUACGUCAACUACUACGUCCUGUGCCUCGUGUGCUGGAUCCUACUAGGCAUUACCGGGGUAAGUACGAGAUCUCAUUCGCUGGUGAAGAGAUUCGACGGGAUUUACACGGGGCCUUACUUCGACUCGAACACUCCAACGAAUAUCACGGCGCAGUUGGGCACUCAUGCUUAUCUACCGUGCAAAGUGCGGCAGCUUGGUAACAAAUCAGUCUCCUGGAUCAGAAGAAGAGACUCGCAUAUCCUCUCGGUGGAUAGAACCAUGUUCAUCCCGGACGAAAGGUUCCAAGCGAUUUUCGGGGAGGCGGACACGUGGACGCUGCAGGUGAAAUACGUCCAAGCGCGCGACGAAGGCGAGUACGAGUGCCAAAUCUCGACCGACCCGAAGAAGAGUCACAUCAUCAAGCUCAACAUCGUCGUGCCAAAGAUCGAGAUCUUGGGGGACCGUGACAUGUACGUGAAAACCGGAAGUACAGUCGCAAUACGAUGCGUGAUAAAGCAGUCCCUCGAGGGCCCGUUCUACGUCUUCUGGUACCACGAGGGCGAUCGCGUUCUAAAUUAUCAGCUGGGCAAGAUCGACAUUCAGACGAAGAGGAUCGAGCAGGAUACGGUGAGCAGCCUAGUGAUCCACAACGCGAGACGGGAGGACUCGGGUAACUAUACUUGUAGCCCGAGUAACUUGGAUAGCGCGAGUGUGCAGCUGCAUGUGCUAAACGGGGAACACCCCGCGGCUAUACAGAGAGGCAUCAGUUCAGCGCCAGGUGGCUGUCCCACUCUAUGGUGGCUGGCAGGAGUGGUGACACUGUACUCGAGCCACGGCAGUCGUCUAUUCGUCCUCGUUCUUUUGAUCCUUAUGGUUCUUUACUCGAAAAAUCCAUCUUACAUUGCAACGGAACGAUAAUCAGGCAAGACCGCAAGGACGGUAUACGCGUAUAAUCGAUUAUCUCCUGCUACGAGACCCCGACUACCUCGAGAGAAGAGAUCCUCGAUGUUGCGGACCGAUUUUCAGAGAGAUCAAGGACAAAAAGGGCGAGGAUGAAAGGAUUGGAGGAGGAUAGAGGGUAAUAUAUACGUGAUAAAGAGAAAGAGAAAGAUCGGAGGAAAGAAUAAUGAUCCCGGAGGUAGUAUGUUUUUUCUCCGUACGCGUGAAGUAAGAGUUAGAGGUUCAUCUCGAUUAUCGAGACAGUGAUCCGGCCGUUAGAAAUUAGGAAUUAGUUUAUUAUAUGAAUUCUUGUUAAAUUGCUGCGAGAAGCCGUACGUGCUGGAGAAGCUACGAAAUUUUUGACGUUGUCGGAAAUAUAAAUUAGGUCGAGGGCUUGAACAACGGGUGGUUCGUGAAAACGUUCUUGAAAGCUCUCUCAAUUGAAAAUCCGAGGCGCGCGCGAGCUGAUAAUUUUAUUUAUUCAAAAACUUGCUACAACCUAUUUAUAUUUA